GAAAGGUUUUGGAGAAAGAUUCAUUCAUAGAGUGGGAGAGGUGUGAUAAAAGUUUCAAAAACCUUUUUGCAACUUCCAAGGGUACGAUUGAGGAUGAUGGCAAUGGGUUUUUACAGGUUGAUUUUGCAAACAGACUUGUUGGUGGAGGCGUUAUAGGCGAGGGUUGUGUGCAAGAGGAAAUACGUUUUUUGAUUUGCCCAGAGCUGAUUCUCUCCCGACUGUUUGUUGAAAGACUUGAUCCAAACGAAACCUUGCUCGUGAGAGGUGCUGAACGCUUUAGCGAUUACACUGGGUAUGCACAGACGUACACAUUCCGGAAUGACUACAUCGACCUCACGCCGCGAGACAGAUGGGGGCGCCUUUACACCGAAGUCGUUGCAAUGGAUGCACAUGUCUUUCAUACUUACUCGCAGCAAUUCGCUCAGUCAAUGCUAAAGAGAGAGUUGAACAAAGCACAUUGCGCUUUUCAGAGUAUUGAUAAUUUGGAUUUUCUCCCAGCUGUUGCAACUGGCAACUGGGGCUGUGGAGCCUUUGGAGGGGAUGCAAGAUUAAAAGCAUUAAUUCAAUUGAUAGCAGCAGCUGUAUCAUCCAGAGAUCUCAUAUAUUUCACGUUUGGUGACACCAAACUCUGCGAGGAUUUGAGGGGUUUUCAUUCGCUGUUGUUGGAGCAUAGAGUGUUUGUUUCGAACUUAUGGAGAAUGCUUCUGAGGUAUGAAAGGGAGUUAAAGCGAAGAGACACUCAUAUUGAAUUAUACCCCUACCUGAAAAACCUGCUGGAAAAUCCAGAUUGUGGCAAGAAAGAAGCGGACGGUGCCGCAGAUAUUUCAGAAAACGCUGUGCAGGACGAUUUAGAAGCAGACACAUUAGUCCUUCCUGGUGAAGGUGGUAGCGAUGUUUCUCCAGAUUACAGGAACGAAACUCCUUAAGUUGCGUAAGACCACUUGUAAAUGUUUGUUUUUCGGCGUCCACGCUAUAAGUAAAUUUUGUUUAUGUAUGUAACCAUUGUAAAAAAACUUAUGUUCAAAUUUUAUUCGCUUCUACGCUGCAGCCUGGAACUCUAAUGAUUUACUGGCCAACAAAGUUUUAUAUUGGCUAUACUUUCGAUGCCCUUUGGUGCUUCGAGUCGUUGAUAUCCCGUGUAUGAGAAGCCCGUGUUCAGUUUCGUUUAUAAUGGUUGACAUAUAAAUUAUAUGCGAGCAAGACAUAA